AAGUAAACAAAUUAAUUUUAAGGGGACUGAGGAAUUUUUUUUUGUUAUUCUUGACCGAGUCGGAGUAUUGGAGCGAUGAGCUACAGCCACUGGCUAAAUUGGUGUCGCCUUUGUGCCAAGGACGAUGUGGGGGGCAAUGUGAAGGUCUACACAAAUGCGGACAAAUGGGGCCAGUGGGACAAUGUCUUGGUGAUGGCCAUCCGACGAUACUUUGAGGUCCAUAUGCGGCUGGAAGAUGAUCUGAGCAGUGUAUUGUGCACCGAGUGCUACACUUUAAUAAGCGAAUUGAUUGACUUCUCUGAGCACGUGACCAAGGUCCAGGCAAUAUUCGAGAUUUUGCGACGCAACGAAACUGAGCCGGGCAAACAGCUCGAUGUGGCUGCUUUGCGGCAGCAAUAUGGUCUCGGUGCAGAUGAUUGGACGCACAUAAUCAAGCCCAUGCCUGGAUUGUCUUUGAUCGAAAACCAAGAAGAUGAAAAGCCCACCUCGCAAUUGGAUGAAACAAAACAGGAAUUUAUCGAUUUGGGCGAUGGGCAAAUCGACAAAGACAUGAGUACAGACAGUCCAGCUCAUAGUCAGAUUGAAGAAUUUGAAGAUGUUCUCGUGGCUGGCCCCAUAAUUUUGAAUCGUUCGGAUGAGUAUUCCAACGGGAAAGAUGACAUUAAAUCCGAAAUAGAAGAUAAACCAAAGUAUUUAGAAUCAUUUUCAUCAGUUGAUAAGGAUGACGAUAUUCAGAAAGAUGACAAAGAAAUGGUGCAGAUGGUAUUGGACAACGAUCAAGGAAAAAUUUCUACCAAACGCAGUCCAAUGGAAUGCCGUAACUGCGGCAAAUCGUAUCGCAAUCGUGGUUCAUAUGAAAAGCAUUUGGAACAGCUUUGCCGUAGGGUAGACCGUAAACCACCUAACAAGACGGACAGGAAGACUGCCUGCAAUAUCUGCCACAAGAUUCUUUCCUCCGCAGCGGCCCUUAAACUUCACAAGGAGGGCAUUCAUGAUAAUGCCAAGCCUUUUAUUUGCGACAAUUGUGGCAAGCAACUAAAGACUAUUACAGCUUUGAAUGAACACAAGCUCGUACACACGGAGGAUCGCCCGUUUCAAUGCGAUGUGUGUCAGGCUGGGUUCAAGAACAAGGCACGUCUCAAAAUUCACCAUCAGAUCCAUGAGGAGCCACACUUUGAGUGCGAUAUUUGUGGUAAAAGGCUACAGACUCGUCGCACCUGGAACAUGCAUAAAGUGGUGCAUAACGAGGAGCGCAAACUGAAGUGUGAGGUUUGUGGCGCCCUGUUCAAGCGCUCCAAGACGCUAAAGACUCAUCUUUUAAGCCACACUGGACUGAGACCAUAUGUUUGUCAGUAUUGUGGCAAAACAUUCGCCUGCAAUGCAAAUUGUCGUUCCCACAAGCUGAAGAAACAUCCAAAAGAGGUGGCUCUGGAAGAUGGUGAGGGCUUAUCAGCCCGUUUGGUUGUGCCCACACUGGAAGAGUUAAGGGUCAUGACACAAAAAAUCCCCAAAGAUGCUUCUUGAGGAGAAAGUUUCAGCUAAUUGGGAAAUAUAAAACAAUAGUAGUAAAAAUUAGUACUACUGGAAAAAACAAAGAAUAAGUAAAAAUACUUCCGUUACUUUCCAAAUUGCCUAAAGAACUCCAUAGAUCUCAAAUUUUACCCUUAUAAAAAGAGUAUUUCAGAAGCCUUUUUUCGUUACCAGUAUCGUUUUUAUCCAUGAAUCUCCUCAUUAGUAUAAGGACUCCAAAGGAUUCUCUUGAUGCAUUUUUAUUAUUUGUUAGUUAGUUGCAGCAAAACUGUUUAAAUAAUUAUACAUAAGAGUAAAACGAUUUUGUAAAUAUCAAAACUUAUCAUUGUAGUUCAAAAUUGGUUGUUAUUCUGAAUAAAGUAAAUUCAUCGAA